AUGCCUGGAUAUCCCAUUCAACGACUGCGAGAGCGGGCAGACAAAGCCUGGAGCUAUGAAUCAGUUAACUUUACUCUUGGGGAGCUACGACUGAUAACAGUUAGGGACCUACUAGAAGCCGAUAAUGCUACCAUAAUUCUCUCCGAAUGGAGAGGGCUGAACCUCGUUCAACCAAGUGGGCAUGUACCGAAAUAUGCAACCAUCUCUCACUCAUGGGCGCCGAGUGAAGAAGUCCAGAGACUCAGUGCGGCCGCUUACCGACCCCUAAGAAUUGACCUUGGGAAUAACAAAUACCAUGAAGUCAGUUGGCAGGGACUGGUUGAAGCUGCCAAAGCAGCCCAGCAUCUCGGGUGUGUCUUUCUCUGGCUGGACUUGGUAUGCGUCCAUCAGGACUCUUCGGAAGAUAAAAAGCUCCAAAUUCAGCAUAUGGGACAUGUCUAUGAGAAAUCUACCGCAGUCAUUGUCAUGCCCGGCGGCGUUGCAGCGACUCAGGGACCCGAGUACUACGCCCCAUGGAUUACUCGUGCGUGGACAUUACAAGAAGCCACGCUCUCCCCUUCCAAUGUGUAUGUUCUGAUCAGAGCCGCUAAGAGAGAUCCCAAUUAUGACUACGAAAUUAUUAGUACCGGACCGAGGUACCUAGUCGAUAAUGUAGACGACAAAAUUGCUUUGUCAAAGCUUCAAGAUCUACUCAGUUGCCGGAAAACUACUGGCCUAAAGAUUACCAAGGUUGAUAAAGUGACCAAGGAGCGAACUCGAGUCAAGUUUAUUGUCAAGUGCUUCGGGGAUGAUGAAUCGCUUAUUACGGCUUUGGAAGGGGUAUUAAGCGGACGCACAGAGGCAAUGAAGAAGUCGGCGGCAUGGAGGAGUAUCUGGCUGCGGACAUCGACGAAACCACAGGACAUGGUCUUCAGUGUCAUGCAUCUCCUCGGGGUGAGUAUCAAGGUCGACUACCAUCGAACUCGGGAUGAUCUCAUUCUCGAACUGGCUAGAAAGACAAAGGCAUUCCCGUCAUGGCUGGAUAUUGGAGAGGACAUGCCGUACGACUCUCGAUUCGGGCUUGUCCCUGCAAUCCCUAUAUUUCAUCCCAAUGACACUCCGUCCUACAGAAUUGCCAACCGGCUGGUGCCUGCCAACACGCUCAUUGAGCAUGGAACAUUUAUACACGACUACGAUAUCAAGAUACAGACGUCUACCACCGCCACUUUUGAAGGUGACCUUAUCUGCGCCAAAAUAUUCCUGAUCCAUGAUCAGAACUCCAGUCAUCCAUCGAUAUUCGACCUGAGUGGAGAUAAACAUACCUUUGGGAAGUUGGAUCAUGCCACAGGAUCGCACGUAGUGGUUCUCGGGGAGGCACAAGUAUAUGGUCUUGGACAUUUGGGUGUUUUCCAGUACGCAGGACCACAGGUUAUUUUUAUUGGGAAAUCUGCGCAAGGCGAAUGGGAGAGAAUCGGCAAAAGAACGACUAUCCCGAAGUCAUAUGUUGAUAAUGCCGGCAGAUGGCAUCUUACAAUUGGAGGACCGCCAGGAUCUGAAUUCACGCCGUGUAAUUGCUAA